AUGCAGCAGUGCUGUGAGUCCUCAUCCAGUAAUGGCUGGGGAACCUCGGGAAACCGGUGUGACGAUUGCGCAAAUUUUAAAAGCCCUAUUAGUGUGAUAGGCCAGGAUCACGACGUCGGUUUCCGUACCUGUGUCAGCUUUGGAAGAUACUUCUUCCGUACAUUUGAUGGCAGAGAAUAUAAUUUCGCGGGUACCUGUAAAUAUGUGCUAUCAGCGGACUACGCGGGUCAGUGGCAGGUCUACCUUGAACCGAUCGGCUGUGACUCCCUUGACACGUGUACAAAGAAAAUAACUGUGCUUGUCCAUCUGCACAAAACACUCGAGUUAUUUGAGGGAAGGUGCUUCGUCGACGGCCAGGAAAUUGAUUUGGUUGAUAAAGUUCCUAUUUCUUCCGCAGGUUACAUGUUGAUGCGGAACGGAGACUGGAUACUCGUGUCUACGUACGAGACCAAACUGAGACUUAAAGUCAAUGCCAAGGCGACUGUAUACCUGACCAUGGACAACGAUUACGCCACUAGUAUGUUAAUGGUUGUCGGAUUGUGUGGAAACAACGAUGGAUUCUAUCAAAACGACUUCAUGACCCGGCUAGGAACUACAACUGUUGAUGCCGCAAGCUUCGCAAAGUCCUGGAUAACCGACGAUUACAGCGAU